AUGGACACAAGAAGUGGUACUUCAUCUCCAACAAUACCACAUGCAUACAUAAUCCCAAUGCCAGGUUCGGAACCAAAUAUGAACCAGAAUGUUACUUCAACAGGAUCCGAAUCAUCAUCUCUUUCGACACAAAAUGGGAACCAAAAUGAUAUGUCAGUUGGCUCAGCUGAAUCAUCAUCUAUUUCGGUAAAUAAUCCGAACCAGAGUGGCACUUCAACUGGAUCAACUCAGUCGUCAACUACUGGAUCAACUCAGUCGUCAACUACUUCUGUACAACGUACAACCCAGAGUGAUACUUCAAGUAGAUCUCAAUCAUCAUCUCCUUCGACACAAAUUGAUGCUUUAGCUCAAAUUGAGUGGCCUCCUUCCCUUUAUCUACUUUCUGAAAAGAACAGAAACCACAAGUUGUGUUUGGACCUUCAUAAGACUGCACUAGAAGGAAAUGUGGAUGAAGGUAAACGUUUGCUUAGAGAGAAUUCAGGAUCAAAGGUGUUGCGUGCCGCUAUCACAGAAGGACUAGAAACUGUUCUUCAUGUAGCAGCAGGAGCAAAACAAACUCGUUUUGUAGAGGAGAUGAUGAAAUAUUUGGUUGAACAAGAAGACAUGUCGACGCUUUUGUCAAUCCUAAAGUUGCAAAACCAUAAAAGAAAUACUGCCUUCUGUUUUGCGGUUAUGGUUGGAAGUAUGGAAAUUGUUCAGACUAUGUUGGAUAAGGAUUUAAGUCUAUUGACAAUCCGAGGCGGUCAAAACAUGACACCACUCUAUCUAGCUUCUGUGUUUGGACAAAGAGAAAUUGCUUCAUUUCUAUACAAUAAAAUAAGAGACAAAGGAGCUAAUGCAUUAGAAGAAAUAUUGACAGCUGAGGACAAAAGAGCUAUAUUUUUUGUAAGCAUCAAGACUACUUUGUAUGAUCUAGCAUACAAAUUGUUAGAUGAUCAAAAAGAAUUAGCUUUAGCUUACAACAGUGAUGCAACACCCUUGCAUCUGUUGGCCCGAACGCCCUUGCAUUUGUUGGCGCAAACUCCUUCAGCACUUACUAAUGAAAGUGACAAAAGGGAUUUGUCAACUCAAGCUCUUGAGCUAGUGGAACUUCUUUGGGAAAAGUUAUUGGAUCAGACAGAUGUGCAAGUCAAGGAAUACUUCCAUGAACAUUCAGAUUUAUUGUUUGAUGCAGCUCACUUGGGGAACUUUGAAUUCUUGGCUAGACUCAUUCACCUUUAUCCUGAUUUGGCUUCGACAAAGAGUUGA